AUGGAGGUACCGCGUAAUGGGUCACAACUGCUGGCACAGGUCCAACCACACGGUUUCAUCAGCGACCGUGUGUUUCAGAUCGUCUACUAUUAUGUUCUCACGACUUUCGCCCACAUGGCGAUUCAAAUCUUUGGGAUUGCCACGAACGUCCUGAACAUUUUCAUUUUCUCUCGAAUCGGCGGCAGCGACGGUAUAACGGUUUCUCUACUCGCCUUGUCUGUGGCCGAUUUUCUGUAUCUCAUCUUUGUUUUAAUUCUCACAUCCUUAACGAUCCUGAUGAAAUUUUCCAGCUUAGAGCCAUCUGUCAGUUUUCCUUUCCUGGGUUUCUUGAUCGUGUGGUACGGCAAUGUGUCCAUCGACAGCUCUAUGGCCAUCACGGUGUUUAUCGCGCUCCAGAAGUGCGCAUGCGUCGCCAUCCCGUUAGUGUUUCAGAACGCGUUCACUCGUUCACGCUGUGUCGUGGUCCUGUUGACGAUAUUCGCCAUGAUGUUUCUCUCCUAUCUCCCUAUGAACAUCUCCCACAGGAUCCAGCCAAGGUUUAACCCUCUCACCAACAGAACAGAGCUGGUCUAUAAAAGCGCUCCACAUUUCGCCGCCCUCAUGUCUUUUUACUUGGUGUUCAACAGAACUGUUCUACCUGUCAUUUCGCUGACAACGGUCAUUGUUUGCUUGCUUAUCCUGACCGUCAAACUCGAACAGUCUGCCAGAUUCCGCAGCAAUAUGAAAUCCAACUACUCAGCCGCUAGAGCUCAACCGGAAGCCUCUGGCACAAAGUCCACAUCUGGCAAAACGGGGAACGUCACUGACAGAAAAGAGAUUUACGUCAUCAAAACUGUUGCUUUUGUCUCGGCCAUCUUCAUCGGCUGCUACAUACCUUACAUUGAGUAUCCUGUUGAAGACUUUUCCAGGUAA